UCUCUCUACAAGCUCAUGUCGGACAGAUUGAGUUCGUCGUACAAGACGCGCCCAUUCGGGCUUCCACACGAAGAACGGUGGAAGAACAGGGGCAUGGUCCUGCUUCUCUCCAUGUUCAUCAAUCUCUCCCCGCUUAACCCGGAGUACGACAAGUUUCGCAACGGUCGCGAAAGGCCGGAUCAGGAAGUGUUAAUCCAGCAACUGCGCCGCGGCGAAACCGUCCUCAUGGCGCUCACCCCGCUCAUCAAGCGGAUUAGUAGCAUGCCCACCGACAUCUACACCAACGCCGAGAACGCCAAUGCCAUCCGCAUCGACUCUGCCCACAGCACCGCCUCCACAACCACGUCCACCUGGCCAUCAUGGCGGAAGCGAAACGGCGUACCUGGAGAAACCGCUCCGUCACCAGCAGAUCUCUGGGCCGCCAUCCUCGUCGCCGUCACGUACAGACAGUUUAUCGCGGAAGUGGUGGAAGCAUUGAUGCACGAGAUCGACCCGGGUAUGGAUGUCAAGGGCUUCUUGAUCCGGAUUGGGGAUCCUGCGCAGAGGUUUCGCGAGGGCGAGGACGAUGGGAUUCGUGAGAAGAUGCGGCGGCUUCUGGAUCCGGAGUAUGAUCGGCUU